CUCCGAGCAAGAACAAAAAAAAAACAAAAGCUGUCUAUGUACCAACAAGAGACUAGUUGUCAGAUAAAUAUACGCGAGACGAGAAGCUCCAUUACAAAACCCUAGAGCUCAUCAUCAUCAUCUCUCUCUCUCUCCAGGUACACCUUUUUUUUCCUUGUUUUGGUUUCACCGGCGUGGAUCUCCGGUGACGGGAGAUUCCGAAAAUUUUUGAAGAGAUUUUAGAUCAUGUAUAGAGAGAGGGGUAUGGUUGGAUCGAAGUCUGAGGUGGUCGAUCGGAAACGAAUAAACGAGUCUCACGAUAAUCGUCCCUCGCAUUCGAUGCCUCAGCCCGUCAAUGGAAAAGGCAAGGUAACAGCCUCCUCCCUCUUGAUUGGGAAGCAGCAAUUGCAUGACAGAGAUUCACGUUCUUCUCAUGCUGUGGAUAUAUCAGACACAGACAGCGAAGAAUCAGAGGUUAGUGGUUCUGAAGGAGAAGACACCUCAUGGAUAUCUUGGUUCUGCAACCUACGAGGGAACGAGUUUUUCUGUGAAGUUGAUGAUGAUUACAUCCAGGAUGAUUUUAACUUGUGUGGACUCAGCCAUCAAGUUCCUUACUACGACUAUGCCCUUGAUUUGAUUUUGGAUGUGGAGUCUUCCCAUGGUGAGAUGUUUACAGAGGAACAGAAUGAAUUGAUCGAGUCAGCAGCAGAGAUGCUUUAUGGGAUGAUUCAUGCUCGUUACAUAUUGACAAGCAAAGGGCUGGCUUCUAUGUUAGACAAAUACAAAAACUAUGACUUUGGAAGAUGCCCAAGAGUUUAUUGUUGUGGGCAACCUUGUUUACCAGUUGGUCAAUCCGAUAUUCCUCGAGCAAGCACCGUAAAGAUAUAUUGCCCCAAAUGUGAAGACGUGUAUUACCCACGAUCAAAGUACCAAGGAAACAUAGAUGGAGCAUACUUUGGGACAACGUUUCCACAUCUGUUCUUGAUGACGUACGGACAUCUGAAGCCACAAAAGGCAUCACAAAGCUACACGCCAAGAGUGUUUGGGUUCAAGUUACACAAGCCGUGAAGGAAAGAAACAAGGAAGAAGGAUAUACUCAUGGGUGUGUGGAGAUACAACAAGGAAGAAGAUGAUGUACCCCUUGGGUGUUGGAAAACAAGAAAUGUGUGUAAACCAAAAACAAACAAAAAAGCGCUGUUUGUAUCACAGAAGGUGAAACUAGUUCUCUCGCUCUCUCUCUCUCUCUCUCUCUCUCUCUCUCUAUUUCUCUCUGUUUUGUAUUGUGUACCUUAGGUUUUAGAUAAACAUUAGCAGCAUGGACUGGUGAAGUAAGAUCCCAUAUUUAUAUCCCAUUGUAAUACUUAACCUUAUUGUUCUUUUUUUGAUUUCUUCUUUCCAACUA